CAACGGUUCGUACUCUUUACGCCGGAACAAACCAGUCCGCAAACAACGCACCCGCGAUUGUAAUCGCACAUACACACACACUGAGGUAUACGUUCACUCUCGUCUGCCGCGUCGUCUCGCACAUAACAUUAACAUUAAAAAUAUACACAUUCACGCACGCGAACGUAACAUAGCUCCGGUCGUUCGGGUUCCAGCAGGAUAACCCAUACGAGCAUCCGGACGCCAUGCAYCUGCAACGGGACGGCAAAAUGUCUCUGAGACCGUGUACAAACAUGUGUUUAAUACUGUUCGCAAUUUUUGGGAUUCAGUUGGCUUUUUCUCAGCAAACUAACCCAAAUGAUUUGGAAGUGGUGCUUAACAUUGAAGAUAGCAACAAAACUCAAUACCAUGAKCAAAAUUUCGAUACCAUGGCCUAUAUAUUCGGCUACGAAGUAGGUCCAAAUGGUCAAUUCCAUCACGAAAAUAAAGGUCCAGAUGGAUUCACAUAUGGUUGCUACGGAUAUGUAGACCCAGAAGGAAAAUUACAAGCAACUCAUUAUAUAUCUGAUGGCUGGGGAUAUAGAGUUGUCACGCCAGGUGAAUCUGUAGAAAUAUUCCAUCAUAAACAUGACCCUGCAGAUGAAAAUCAAGCUAAUGAAAGUUCUGAAGGUGGUUCUGAACACGAACAUCAUGGACACCAUGGAGUGGUAACAGCGUGGGGUGAUCUUUAUUUCCCAAAAGGUUGUGGAGGAGGACGUCCAAUUCAAGGUACAGGUCAAUUGGGUGGAUCAGGCUCAUCAGGAUACCCUAGUUUUGUUGGAAUUGGUCAACCAGGAGCAGCAGGUACACCUGGAUCUCCAGGUUCUCCAGGAUCUCCCGGUUCUCCAGGAUCACCAGGUUCCCCUGGAUAUGGAGGUUCUCCAGGAUCUGGUGGCUCUCCAGGAUCUCCCGGUUCUCCAGGAUCACCAGGUUCCCCUGGAUAUGGAGGUUCUCCAGGAUCUGGUGGCUCUCCAGGAUCUGGUGGCUCUCCAGGAUCUCCAGGAUCACCAGGAUCUCCAGGAUCACCUGGAUCUCCAGGAUCACCAGGUUCCCCUGGAUAUGGUGGUUCUCCAGGAUUUGGUGGCUAUCCAGGAUCUGGUGGAUCUCCAGGAUCCCCCGGUUCAUUCGGUAAACCAGGAUACCCAGGAUCACCAGGAUCACCCGGAUCCCCAGGAUCACCUGGAUCCCCAGGCUCACCAGGAUCACCCGGAUCCCCAGGCUCUCCAGGAUCACUUGGUUAUCCAGGACAAGGAUCUCCAGGUUCCCCAGGAUCACCAGGCUCUCCAGGAUCACCAGGCUCUCCAGGAUCACUUGGCUACCCAGGGUUAGGAACACCAGGCUCUCCAGGCUCUCCAGGAUCACCAGGCUCCCCAGGCUCACCAGGGUCAGGAUCACCAGGAUCAUUUGGCUAUCCAGCAUUAGGCUCACCAGGUUCACCAGGCUUACCAGGCUCACCAGGAUCACCAGGUGCACCAGGAUCCCCAGGAUCACUUGUUUACCCAGUAUCAGGAUCUCCUGGAUCAUUUGGUUACCCUGGCUCACAAGGAUCUCCGGGUUCACCAGGAGCUCCGGGAGCUCCGGGAUCACCAGGUUCACCAGGGGUAUCAGGAUAUCCAGGAUCACUUGGUUACCCAGGAACAGGAUCUCCAGGAUCAUUUGGCUAUCCAGGCACUCCAGGCACACCAGGCACACCAGGCUCACCAGGCAAACCAGGCAAACCAGGAUCAGGAUCUCCAGGAGGAUCUCCAGGAUCAUUUGGCUAUCCAGGCACACCAGGCUCGCCGGGUUUACCAGGAUCACCAGGUGCACCAGGAUCCCCAGGAUCACUUGGUUACCCAGGAACAGGAUCUCCAGGAUCUUUUGGCUAUCCAGGCACAUCAGGCUCACCGGGUUCACCCGGCUCACCGGGCUCACCGGGCUCACCGGGCUCACCAGGCAAACCAGGAUCUCCAGGGUCAGGAUUUCCGGGAUCAUUUGGCUAUCCAGGUACACCAGGCUCACCGGGUUCACCAGGAUCACCAGGUGCACCAGGAUCCCUAGGAUCACUUGGUUACCCAGGAACCGGAUCUCCAGGAUCUUUCGGCUAUCCAGGCACAUCAGGCUCACCUGGCUCACCGGGUUCACCAGGCUCACCAGGCAAACCAGGAUCUCCAGGGUCACUUGGUUACCCAGGAUCAGGAUCUCCGGGAUUAUUUGGCUAUCCAGGCACACCAGGCUCACCGGGCUCACCAGGCUCACCAGGCACACCAGGAUCCCCAGGAUCACUUGGUUACCCAGGAUCAGGAUCUACUGGAUCAUUUGGUUAUCCYGGUUCACAAGGAUCUCCGGGUUCACCAGGAGUUCCGGGAUCUCCUGGCUCACCAGGAUUCCCAGGUUCACAUGGUAAACCAGGAUAUCCAACCACACCAGGAUCACUCGGAUACCCAGGUUCAGGAUCUCCAGGAUCAUUUGGCUAUCCAGGCACACCGGGCUCUCCAGGCUCACCAGGAUCUCCAGGCUUACCAGGAUCACCAGGAUUACCUGGCAAACCAGGUUCAGGAUUAUCAUCAUACCCAAAACCAGGAUCCCCAGGAUUCCCAGGAUCCCCAGGGUCUCCAGGACUCCCAGGUCAACCAGGUCAACCAGGAUUACCGGGAAGUCCAUCUUCAGUUUAUCCUAGUCCUCCAGGACCACAAGGGCCAUCAGGUUCUUUAGGUGCUACAGGUAGCCCAGGACUACCUAGCUUACCAUCUUAUCAAAAACCAACAGUUUAUCCGACAUCCACUUAUCCCGGGAGCUCAGGUUCUCCAGGCUCCCCAGGUUUCCCAGGAGCUCCAGGCUUACCAGGUAAACCAGGAUCUCCAGGCUUUCCUUCAUAUCAACAACCAUCCCUUUACCCUAGUUCAUCUUAUCCUAGUGCACAAGGCUCGGCAGGUUUACCAGGAACACCAGGAAUUCCAGGKGCUCCUGGAUUGCCAGGUUCACCAGGAUCAUCUUUAUAUAACAGACCCUCGUCAUACCCAAGUGGUCCAGGGUCACCAGGGUUACCAGGUUCACCGGGAUUACCAGGAACACCAGGUCUGCCUGGUUCAUACCAAAAACCAACACAGUACCCAGGAACAUUAUACCCUAGCGGAUCAGGAGCUCCGGGAUCACCAGGCACACCAGGCUACCCAGGAUUACCAGGCCAACCUGGAACCCCAGGAUUAUCAGGUUCUUCACCCUAUCCGAAACCUUCAUACCCUGUAGCUCCAGGUUCACCAGGUACACCAGGAUCUCCAGGUUUUCCCGGUCUACCAGGAAAACCAGGAUCUUAUGUUCCGCAAUCUUCAUACCCAGGAUCCGCUUAUCCAGGCACCCCAGGUCAACCAGGCCUGCCAGGAACUCCAGGGUUACCAGGUAAGCCAGGAGCAUCAGUUAUACCAAGUAUACCGUCUGAAAAACCACAACCAACCUAUCAAAAACCAAAUUCAGGGUACCCCGGAAGCCCAGGUCAACCAGGUACUCCAGGUUUACCAGGAGCUCCAGGAUUACCAGGUACAAUUUCAUACCCGAAACCCACACCACCAUCUACAUAUCCCGUUGGACCAGGUCAAUCAGGAUACCCUGGAUCUCCAGGACUUCCAGGCCAACCCGGAACACCAGGUCUACCUGGGUCUGUAUACCAACCCUCAUAUCAAAAACCAACUUCCGUUAACCAAUAUGGAAAUCCUACUUUAUAUCCAGGAUCUUCAUAUCCUGGAAGUCAAGGAUUACCCGGAACACCAGGAUUACCAGGUCAACCAGGUACACCUGGAACACCAGGGUCCGCUUAUCCAGGUUCUACGUUAAAUCAAACACCUAAUUAUCAAUCUGUGAAACCAAGCUCUCAGGGAUAUCCAAGUUCUUCAUAUCCAGGAAGUCCAGGUCAACCAGGUACCCCAGGAUUACCAGGUCAACCAGGAACUCCAGGUAUACCAAGCCAGCCGUCUUAUCAAAAACCAAAUCCACCAACAUACCCAGCUAAACCAACAUAUCCUCCUCAACCAUCUUAUUCUGGUUACCCCGGAAGCUCAGGUCAACCAGGAAAACCAGGAACUCCUGGUACACCAGGUACACCAGGCACACCAGGCCUUCCUGCGGGACCGCCUUACCAAAAACCUACUCCCCCACCUGCUGGAUAUCCAGGUUCUCCUGGUAAGCCAGGACAACCAGGAAUCCCUGGUCUCCCAGGCAUUCCAGMUCAAUCAUUUGGUCAAAAUCCUCAAACUUCGGUUGACUACGGAAAACCUAAUCCAUCGGGAUAUCCCGGUUCUACUGGUCAACCAGGCCUUUCCGGUCAACCAGGCACUCCAGGAACUCCAGGAACCCCAGGAAUCCCAGGUUCUUAUCCCACUUUACCAAAACCCAGCUCAUCUCCAAUAAAUUCAGGCAGUGGAAGUGUAUCAGGUUCACCAUCUAAUGGUUAUCCAUCAUCAAUCGAUCAAACUCAAACAGGUUAUCCAAAUAAACCUGUUUCUCAACCAUCAUACCCGAGUCAGAACUAUGUUUACCCUACCAGCUAUCCUCAAAGACCAGAUAUUCCUGACUACGGAGCACAGCAACCAAAUGAAUAUCCUGGAUAUUUAAGUUCCGGUUAUCCAGUACCUCCACCUCCCAACGCACCACUUCCUAAUUACCCACCACCUAGUUCACCAUCUGGUUACAAUGGUUAUUUUGAGUUGUACCCGGGUCAAAAUCAAAUAUACUCAGGUCAACCUGAUUCUAAUGUAUACCCAGCUGGUAAUCAAUAUUCUUUCAAUGGUUAUCCUGAACAACAAUUUACUUACCCUGCAAAAGAAAACAAAGGUAAAACGCCUCAAAUAACUACACCCGUUUCAACUUCAACAUUGGGUUAUACAAGCAAGUCUAGUCAAACUACUGUGCAAUAUCCAAAAACGCCUAGUUUGAUAGAUAUACGUGUUAAUGUGCCAAAUGAACCUCAAUUCAACGAUGGUCAAAAGUCCGUAAAUUUAGGUAAAAACGAAUUAAUAGGACCAUCGUCAGGAUCAUCUGGAUAUUCUAGCUCACUUACUCCACAAUACGUGAAUAGUCCUACAAAGGCACCCAAAUUACCAUAUCAAUUUGGUCAAGAAUCAAACCAGGUAGUCUUAUCAUCAAGCAAACCAGAAUCCAGUACUCCGUUGUAUAGUGUAACCUCUAAAAUAUCAUCGACACCUGAAAAUAUUAAUUCAGUGGAAUCAAGCAGUACCAUAUCAUAUGAAGAUCAAUUUAGUACUCUUUCACCAGAUUCUUCGACACCUGUCAAUAUAAUUCCUUAUCCUUUGCCAAUUGUGCCUAACCCAGGAUCUUGCCCAUGCUAUUUUGUCCCCCCAACAAAUAAUAAUUCUUCCAAUCUAUUGCAACAACAGCAACCAACGUUUGACUUAAACAAUCUCCCUGAGGGUGCUGUUAUUGGAUUUGUGCCAGUAGUAUUUUAUCCAUCAUGUGGAGCAGGAAGUGUAGCAUCAAAAGAAAUACUGUCAUCUAAGUUAGAGCCUGUUUUUCCGUCGGCUUAUCAAGUACCAUAUAAAUGUUCGUAUUGCGAACAAAGUGAAUCACAAACUGCGACCAUCAGAAGCAGUUUUAAUCAAGUACUAAAACAAAGUCAAUUAAAUCCAUCCGUUGUAAUAAAAAGUCCAAGUAGAAAGAAUUACCCAAACGCCCCAAUUUAUGACCAACAAGAAUUUGGAAAAAAGAUAAAAGUUGUAAACAGAAAAACUAAUGAUGAAUAAUAUUGGAAAAUUAUAAUAACACUCAUUUAAAGACUAAAAAAACAAUAAAUUAGAAAACAAAUAAAACGGCAAUAGGAUGAAUAUAACAUCUGAACAUACAAA